AUGCCUUCUUCAUUCGUUUCCCGGGCCGGCUUCGCCAGUGUCAUCGUCGCUCAAGCCGCGCAUGCGUAUACCCAGGCCAACAUCGCCACCCCUUUCAUGUACAAGAACAUCGAUCCCAUCGUGUUCCCGGGAUCGUUCGAUCAGUCGCACUUACACUCCUUCUUCGGAUCCGAUGCCGUGACGGCCAACACCAACAGCAGCGCUGAGCUGCAAGGGGGGUGCAGUAAUGCCGAUAACCCGAACGACUUGUCCGUUUACUGGGUACCCACCGCUCUUUACACCACCGACUCGGGCUCGACCUGGACGCCUGUGCCUGUAAUGCGCUUCAGCGCUUACUACAACCUCGGCGAGUCGCCGGCCGAGGUCGCAAUCCCGCAAAAUGUGAAGAUGUUGGCCGGGGCCGCGAACGCCACGACAGCGGCCGACAUGCCGCCCAACGCGGGCAUCGAGUGGUUCUGCGAGGGCGACGACGGCAUCGCAGCCGACGCCAACGGGUUCCCCAGCAGCACGUGCAGCACGCAUCUGCAGACGCUGCUCUACUUCCCGGAGUGCGUCAACACCGACUCGCUCGAGACGGCGUACAAGAGCACCGACUACGGCACGACGAACAGGUGCCCCGAGGGUAUGAGCAGCAUGCCCCAGCUGCGCUUCAGCAUUCGCUAUGACCUGCGCUCGGUGCUUGCCGAUGGCUGGAGCGGCACCGCGCCCCUGCGGCUGUCGUGCGGCAACGCCUUCUGCUCGCACGGCGACUUCAUCAACGGCUGGACGCCGACGGGUGCCCAGAACAUGGUCGCCACUACCAGCGAAAAGGAACACUUCUUGGCCGUUAAUGGGGAUCGCGGCAAUGCGGGCGAUCUGUCGACAUGCACCCAGACGGAUGCCGACCCGACGCACGGCACGAGCGACUUUGCUGAGAGUGUUGCGCUCAUGAGCAGCAGCAGCAGUAGCAAGCGUUCUGUGCCUGCUGUUGGCUGGACUUCGAGAAACAGGCUUGCGCGCAGUCUUGCUCGUGCUUGA